AUGUUGAGUCAAGUUGUGACCAACCAAGCUAGGCAACAAAGAGGGAAUCGUCAGGAUGUGGUUGAUACAUCCAGGAUCCAUGAGUUCUUGAGGAUGAAUCAUCCAUACUUCACUGGUUCGAGUGUCAAUGAGGAUCCGAAAAACUUUGUGGAAGAUUUGCAGAAAGUAUUUGAUGGUGUUGCUAGAAUAUGGUACGACCAAUGGAAGAAGAGAAGAGCUAAAGGUGCACCAAUUGUGAGUUGGGUUAUGUUCGAAGAGGCCCUCAUGGGGCGUUUCCUUUCCCGUGAACUGAUCGAGGCAAAGCCAAAUGGACUUGCUCCAUCAUCUGUUAGUGCACUUGCACCAAGGGACAAAGAGUGCCCUAAGAACAGGAAGGGUAAUGGCAAUGGGGGCAAUAGAGCCCAAUCUUCUUUAGUGGCUGUACCAGACAGAGUUGCACCUAGAGGAGCUACUUCAGGAACAUGCAGAGGAGCAAACCGUUUGUAUGCUAUCACCAGUUGCUAA